CCGCCUACUUCUUUGAAACGUCAACAGCGCCAAACUUCAGGCUCCCUAACGGGAAAAUGACCACUGGUGCAGAGGAGCCGCAAUGGAGGAAAGUUCACUCCGUCACAGGAGUGGUGCCGCGGUCCAGACACGGACACCGAGCAGCUGCAAUACGGGAGCUGAUUGUUGUGUUCGGUGGUGGAAAUGAAGGGAUAGCGGAGGACCUCCACGUGUACAACACUGUUUCAAAGCAGUGGUUUCUGCCUGCGGUGAGGGGUGACAUCCCACCCGGCUGUGCUGCCCAUGGCUUUGUCUGUGAAGGCACCCGUAUACUGGUCUUCGGUGGUAUGGUUGAGUUUGGGAAAUACACCAACAGCCUCUAUGAACUUCAGGCUAGUCGCUGGCUUUGGAAGAAGCUGAAGCCCAGAGCCCCCAGGAAUGGCUUGCCUCCCUGCCCUCGGAUUGGACACAGCCUCACUCUUGUGGGUAACAAGUGUUACCUGUUUGGUGGGCUGACCAAUGAUAGUGAAGACACCAACAGCAAUGUAACAAGAUACAUGGGUGACUUCUAUGAGCUGGAGCUGCAGUCGUUAUCAGGGGCAAGAGCCUGGAGCUUCCCAGAGACGAAGGGGGGUGGUCCCUCAGCACGGGAGUCUCACACCUCGGUUGCUUACACUGGCCUCGGCUCCCCGAAGCUCUACAUCUUUGGAGGGAUGCAAGGACGCCGGUUAGACGACCUCUGGCAGCUCGACCUCGACACAAUGGUUUGGUCGAUGGCUGAAACCAGGGGCCCCACGCCACUUCCCAGAAGCCUUCACUCUGCCAGUGUUAUUGGAAACAAGAUGUAUGUUUUUGGUGGCUGGAUUCCUGUACCAGAGUCAGACAAACGCAUUGCUUUAGGAACUGAAUCGAUAUGCAGUGACUCUUUAAGCAUACUAAACUUAGACACUAUGUGCUGGCAGAACUUGGGUCCAGAACAGCAAGACGGUAUUGAGUCCCAGCUGCAGAGCCAGGGCCCCCAGAGUGACGAUCCGUACGCCUGUCGCCCCAAAGCCAGGGCCGGCCACUGUGCUGCCACUGUCGGGUCCAGGCUUUACAUCUGGAGCGGCCGUGAUGGAUUCCGUAGGAGCUGGAACUACCAGGUCUGCUGCAAGGACCUCUGGUACCUGGAGACGGACCGACCAGCCGCUCCAGAGGCAGUGUUACUCAUCAAAUCCACCAUCAGCAUGCUUCAUGUGGCGUGGCGCCCCCUGGCGGCAGCAGACUACUACAUCCUUCAGCUCCAGCCUGUGCCUCCACCAGCCAAAUCAGCCAAUCCAACUGGAAUAGUUGGACUGGACACCAAGGGUAAAGACUCUGCAGGUAUCCAGUCUCUUCAGCCUCAAACUGGAGGAACCACUAACAAAGAAGCGAAAGCAUCGGCCCAGGAUGCUUCAGCAAAGCAGGAAACUAUGGGAGGAUCGGCCAACAGCUCAGCCGUGACCAAAGCACAAGGAGGGCCGAGUUGUGGGAGGGAGACGGAAAAGGACUCUGACACACAACGCGGCGGUGCUGGACAGGAGACAUCAGCCACAGAGGUCAGCAGCUCAACUCAGCACCAGCCAGAGUCCCACCCUGUUUCUGCUGACAAGACAAAAGACUUCUAUACCCAUGCACAUCAGAAUCCAAAGGAAGCUGUGUGGUUUGAUGUGGGUGUGUUCAAAACACUCUUCUCUGAGGUCAGCCAGUACUUCCUACCUGCUGACAGUGACCAGGUGACUGCAGCCAACAGCAGUCGGCUGUCAAACACUAAAGAGAGAAAGCUUCCAGGGCCUCAGGACUAUCAGAGCAGAGAGAAGCAGGAGCUCGCUCCGGGUCAGACCUACAGGUUCAGAGUGGCGGGCAUCAACAACUUCGGCCAGGGAGACUUCAGCACUGUCAGCGAGUUCAAGACCUGCCAACCUGGCUUCCCUGGAGCGCCCUGUGCUGUCAAAAUUACCAAGGCCAAUGAAUCUGUCCACAUCACAUGGGAGGCUCCCCCCUCUCCAUCAGGCCGGAUCUUGGAGUAUUCCAUGUACAUGGCGGUAAGGAAGAGCCGGUCCACCAGCUCAGGUCAGAUGGCCUUCAUCAGGAUCUACCGCGGCACCAAGACGUCGUGCUCGGUCAGCACCACCCAGCUGGAUAACGCCCAGAUCGACUGCUCGGCCUCCAACCGACCAGCGGUGGUCUUCCGCAUCGCUGCUAAGAAUGAGCAGGGCUACGGCCCAGCGACGCAGAUCCGCUGGAUUCAAGAUUUCAAUAAAUUGCGAGCGUCCGCGUCCAAAGUCGACAGCAAUGCUGAGGCCGGCCAGGAUGCUGCUGACAGCUCCAGUUGAAAAUGUUUGGGUCUAUGACACCGUGUUUUGGAAAGACCAUAUGUGAACUCAGGAAGUUGGAAGAAAGUACCCCACCAAGAUGUAUAUUUCCCGAGAUAAUUUUGUUAAUUUAUUUUUUUUAUGUAUUAUUACCUUGUAAAUAGAUUUUCAUAGUAAGUUUCGCCACGUGGCUAUUUUAAACUAUUGUUUUGUUAAGUAAUAUGUCACUUCAAGAAAUAAUUACUGCAUCAACCGCAGAUGCUUUAAAAAGUACGUUGAGUGAAACACAAUGUUUUCAGGACCAGGAAACCAGAAAGAUGAUAAUUUUUUAAUGUGGACCCUUUUUACAAUUCAAUUGACUUUGAAAUACCAGUUAUGUCUACAGUGGAAUGUUGUUUUACGAUGAAAUCAUUUUCUAUCGUUCAGGUUUGGUUUAAGAUCUUUGUUAAUGUGUUUUGUCAACGUUCACAUAUGUUACUACAAACAUUUUCAUUGCUGUCACAUUUAUUUGUAUUUUUAUUUCUUUUAUUAUCAUUGCCAUCAGAUUAUUCACAUUACACAUGUUUUACAAGUUUAAGUAAGAAAAGAACCGUUCCUAAAUCAAGAAAAUGUUGCUGAAUGAAACCAAAGAGCAGGGCACUGUUUAAGUUUCUGAUAUUAAUUAAAGUAGCAAAAAUGCUCCAGAUAUUAAAGGAAGAGAUCCACUGGUUUGACCAGCUCACCAUUUAGUGGGCAAGAAGUACUAUCAUUAUCUUCCCUAUCCUACUCCAUCAUAUCUGGAUUAUUACAGGCCUUUUUAACCAGUUCAGUGAAGGAACCUGUGGACAGAUUGUUAACUGGACCUCACAUAAUUAAGACCAGUGCUGCAUCUCUUCAUGUUCUUGCUUUAAAAAAAUUAAACAUUCCUUACUUCCAGUAAA